AUGAGGGACGGACGCAGGCCUUUCUGCACCCGCUUCUCGGAGGAGCAGGGAGCGGGUGCCGCCUCGGACAGAGCCUUGUGCAGAGAACUGUGGAGUGAGAGAAGGCAGGAGGGGAGCCCUCGGCCCACAGAUGGCGCUUCCCGGGUGAGGAGGCCUGCGGUCACUGCCCGGGGAGAUCCACGAAACGAGGAGUCGUCACUUGACCUGCGUGGGGCCAGCCCCUUGCUUCGCGGUGGCCUCGAGGCACUUCCACGGUGGCAAGAACCAGUACAAAGAAGUUCAGCCUCAGCUGCCACGCAGAGCGACGCUGCGGAUCUGUCCUCGGCUCCUGCAGGGGCGCGGUGUGCGGGGCCGGCCCAAGGCGCUGGGGAGGCUCCGGGGAUGGACUGGCCAUGGGCAGCGCCCAUGCCCACUGGCGGCCACAGAGGACGGAGCCACGGCGGAGAGCCCUGGGGGUCCGGACUGCUGGGCCGGCAGAGAGGGUCCACAAAGGGGGAUUCUGAGGAUGACUGGCCCCGUGCUUUUCUAGAGAAGCUGGACUCUGCGUUGGCACCCUCUUGCCUGCGAGCCAUCCUGCUGCACGCACAUCCCCUAAUGUUCUUGAAUGAUGAGACGAAAAGUGUUUUCCCUGGCCAUUCAGAGCCAAGAGUAGAAUACAAGAAAAUGCUUUCAUGGGAAGAAAGCACCUCAGAUGAUCUGCAGAUAACAGUGGCGUCACUGGCUCCACAAGCUUUUGAAUGA